AUGCCGAUCGCCGCUGUGACUCUGAGCGUGGAUUCUACGUCGUUUGUGGACACAAUCAUUGGUCUCUGCAAAAGCCAGCCAAGGCCGUCAUCAGCAACGCAGCAGCAGAAGUACAACGCCUGCUGCCACGCCAGCGAUCUCAACAUCAAGCCCAUCUCGCUCAUCCCCGACUUCGACUGGCACGAGUACUGUCAUCACAACUUCCGCUUCAAUCACAUCCCCUUCUACCUCGAUUCCAAGUUCAACAGAGAAUCAUUCUGGAAUGUCGACAAACUUUCAUUCUACUCCCACCACAACUUCGACGUCAACUACAGCUUCUCCAUCCUCGAGCCCAACCCCGACAGAGAAUCCCUCUGGAUCGUCAACAAACGUUCAUUCGACUUCCGAAGGCACAACUUCAGGCCUAAUGACGAGCUCUGGACCGCCUGGCUCAACAAUGACUACAGCGCCGUCGACAUCUGGAACCCAGCAACCCUCAUCGGGACGGAGUUCAAGCCCAACGUCCCAAAACCCGACCUCUUCUACAGGAUCUCAGUCAAGCUCUGUUGCUACUACACAGAGCACCGCAACAACGACUCAAGGCUCCAGCACAUCAAAUUCAGCGUCAACAAGCGCUCCAGUGUCAAGCUCACAGACAACGGAUCAUCAUACCGAGUCGACAUCAACACUACCGGGAAGCUC